CAAUUCCAGAUAAUUUUGUGUCGUAAUGUAUUUAGGUGAACUUCCUGGUUUGAGAAAUAUUCAAACUUCGUAAAAGCGGUUGUUAGCUAUGAAUUUAUUUGCUACUUAUACUCAAUUUUUACUCUGUGUGCUGGUACAUACAUCUGCUGAAAUCAUGCCUGCCCCAUUUACCAGAGUCCUGUAUAUCAGCACGCCACUAUUGUCAGGUAUUAAAAAUAAAAAUAUUUUAUUAUUUACUUGAGAGUUGGCCUGCUUGGUUAUAGAACUUUAACUGCAUGCCUAAGUUUUCUUUUACGGUAAGCGAAUUGUGCGCUUGGGAGUUGGGAUGGCAAAAUUGUGUGCGGAAGAUCUUUAUUGGUGUGCAUGACAAACUUUAACUUAUUAACAGUCUGUGUUGGUACGUUUAUAGCAACAGUGCCCGGUUGGUAAGCUGGAUGUAUUGGUCUUGUGUUUAUGCAGUGUAUGAGAAAAUUAUAGUCCGCUUGCCAGGACAAUUUUGUUGUCUUGACAUAUUGUUUUGACAGUUAUUCAAAGUAGGUGACAGCAGGGUUCGAAAUAACGUUCCCGAUCAUGGUGAUCAGCAGUCAUGGUUUUCUGCUGAUCAAAUGAAAAUCUGGUCGAUCAGUAUAGGAUACAUUCUGUUUAUUUAACAAUUAUUCGCCGAAGGCGAGGUGAUUAUCGGUGAAUAAAAACCGAGACGAAGUCGAGGUUUUUAUUCACGAUAAUCACCGAGCCUGAGGUGAAUAAUUGUUUUAGUAUAAUUUCAUAGGUGAUUAUAUGGAAAAAAUAAAAAAAUACACAUCUCUUCGUCAUUUAAUUGACAAAAAGGCUUCGGCCGCCAUUUUGAAAAUCGCUUAGGUGAUUAUCGCGUAAUAAUCACCUCAACGGUAACCAAUCAGCGUGGAGAAUUUUCAAUAAUCACCUAUGUAAUUAUACUAAAUGUUAUUAAUGACAUUAACCGUGUUUUUGAGACAAAGGUUCUUGCCGAUCAAGAUGAUCGGCAACCUAAUUGCUUCUCUGCUGAUCAAAAGCAAUUUCCUGCCGAUCGUUGAUUGGUUGUUAUUUCAUGCCCUGUGACAGUGACAUCAUUUAAACUCCAACUCGGCGGUCCAGGCCAGCCAGCGCAGUUUGUGAGUGUUGGAGAAAUUUUUAUCCUGGUAAGCAAGAUGCUGCAGUUUGGGAGCCCAGCCAGCCCACUUGUCCAUUUACAGUAAUAUUGACUAUAUUCUAUAAACAUAAUUACACAGUGAGAUGAGGCUGGUGAAGUGGGUCAGGCCGGCUUCCAUACAGCUCUUAACAAAGUCCUUUCAUUUCAAUGGCUGGCCAUAUUUGAGGUCCAGAGGGUGGUUCAUUGAUCCUGUCCACAGAGUGGGUGAGGUGGUUUGUGAUUCAGGUUCAGUCAGGGUGCUGGUGAGGUGGUUUGUGAUUCAGGUCCACUGGAUGGGUGAGUGGGUUUAUGGAUCUGGUCCACAGGGUGGGUGAGGUGGUUGAAGGAUCUGGUCUACGUACAGGGUGGGUGAGGUGGUUCAAAGAUGAGGUGGUUCAAAGAUGCGGUGGUGAGUUGGUUUGUGAUUCAGGUCGAUGUAGAGUAUGUGGUAAGGUGAUUCAUGGAUCAAGAUCUGACGAUUCUGAUGUUCUAUUUUUUAAUAAGACCUAUAUAGGCCUAUAUAGUGUGUCAGGCUUUCAAUUACUAUAAUUGAAUUAGGAUUUCCUAUACAGGAUUUCCUCUCUUAGGCUAAAGAGGAAAUAUGGUAAAAUAUAUAAAACUAUAACAGUACGUAUUGCCUGAAAAUAGACAACAGCAACAACAACAACGGUAGUAACAGCAGCAACAACAUCAGCAGUAACAGAAAUAACAGCAACAACAACAACAAUAACAUCAGCAACAACAGUAACUGGAAUAACAGCUGCAGCAACAGCAGCAUGCAACAACAACAGCAGAAACGGUAAUAAAUAACAAUGUUGAUUAGAAUUUUUAUAAUAUUUAUAAUACAUUGUUGUACAUUUCUUGUGGUCAGGUAAAGAUGUUGUUAUCUUACAAAACCUCCUGAUAAGAUCUUACAAUGUCACAACUGCAGUGGCUGCCACAGGUUUAUAUGACAAACAGACUGCACAAGCUGUUGGAGAGUACAAGAAAGCAAAUCUGAUAAUAAGGUAUUUCACUUCUUGCAUGGUAAAUGUGAUAACACCAUUGCAGCUGCCAAAAGGUUAAGAUGUUUUUGUCAAGGCAUUUUUUAAUACCAUUAACUGGUGGGGCAUUUGCCCUACUGGGCCCCUUCCUCUGCCCCACCACGGAAGAAAAUAAAUGGCCUAUUGCCCCAAAGCCAGGGCCCUAUAGGACCAGUAUUGAGUAAAUGAGUUUAACAUUGAAAGGAAGUUUAAAAAACAAAAUUUUUUGGUGAGCAUACUUAAACUAAAUAUGUUGUGUUUGAAUGUUUAUAGCAUGCAAUUUAUUACAAAUUUCACCAUUAAAACUUUGUUUUGAGAAGCUGAGAUUUUUUAAAAAUGUGUUCUCAGAAUGCAGGAAAUGCUAUUUCAGAGACCCAAAUUUUAAAAAUUUCCUGGGGUGGGGCAUGCCCCCAGACAGACCCCCUUAGCUAACUCGUGCCUGCGCCUGGGUGGAGGGCAAGAGAAAUGGGCCCUUAGGCAGUUUUGCCCCACCACUGAAGAAUCCUUAAAAAAAUGCACUGGUUUUUGUCCGCGAUAGUUAUAUUCGUGAUAACUUGAAAAAUAUCAAACGUAUUAGUACAAAAAUUUGUGGGCAUAAUUGGGACAUUGCCCUAGGACAAAUUAAAUGAACUAGAAGCGCGUAUGUAUAUAUAAAACAGCGAAAACCUCCGGAGGAGUUUACUUUUUUUGAGACACCCAGAGUGCAUCAUUUAUGUACUGUUUAAUAAACGAGCAGGAGUGUUUUAUUAGGUUUAAAGCUACGAGCGCGCAGCGCGAGUGGCUUUAAACCUAAUAAAACACGACCUGCGAGUUUAUGAAUUAAACGGCUUCAAACACGACUACAAAUUCAAUAGAUAUAGUGCCUUAUUAGCAUUCUUUAUAUAAAAAAUACUAAUGAGGACACGACUACAAUAGAUACUGCCUUAUUAGCAUUCUUUAUAUAAAAUCAUCUAAUUAGGAGUGUUUUAUCAGGUUUAAAGCCACUGCACGUUACAUAUUAUGGUUGACAUGAUUUGCCAAUAAGCUUAUGAAUUAUUAAAUGUGUUUGAAUUAUAUUUUAGCGACCCUCUGGUGUUUGAUAACGUCACAGCUGCGCUUGUAUUAAAACAAUUAUCUUAUGAUGGUUAUAAGGAUGAUGGUGGCAUACCAUAUGGUUAUAAGUUUAAGGUGACCUAUUUUAUUUUAUAAUUCCUUGUAAAAUAUGAUAUAAAUUCAUAAAAAUAGGUACGCGGCGCGUACAUGUAUCUGCGAAAUACAGUGAUUCACGAAGAUGACAUGGGGCAAUUGAAAUAGGUUUGGGUACCCUGAGAACAGAGCCUGAUUUCCCAGGCUCUGUUCUCAGGGUAAGGUUUGAGCUGCAUUGAUGCCUGAGCAGAUUAAUUGUGAUGACCAUUCAAUUAUAGAUUUUCAUUCCUGUGCACAAAAACAGAACUAUCGAAACUGAAGGGACAUUAAUGGAUGCCAACGGUGAAGUAAGUGUUUCACUGACAUUUGUACGGUUUGUUUUGUCUACAAGGAAUUUACCAGAAAGUACUCGUGACCUUGAUGAAUUACUUAUUACUCCCCUCCCCCCUCCCCCCACAAGGAUCCUGGCGCUGAGGACAAGGUUCCUGGUGCUGAGGACAAGGUUCCUUUAAGUUCAAUUUUCUCACCAAAUAUCAUUCAAUGAUUCAUUUAUUUUAAAUUGUUGAAGAAUACAAAUGUUCUCAUCAAGACUUUUCACAAGCCAUUUACAACAUUCGUGUCCGUAUUAUAUCGGAUAUACAACUCUCGCUGGAGUUUAUGGCCGCUCAUUUUGUAAAUAGUACUUACAGUAUAUACAUUUGCACACUUUAGGUGCUGUAUCGUUUCACUAUCCGCGCACAUGGAGCACUGGACUCUAGUGGGAAACCUAUCAAUCAAUUUACACAUAAUGGGAACACUCCAACCGGGCUAGUGGUAAGAUCAUUAGUAAAUUACAACAACUCAUUUCAAUGUUUUUAGCGCUAAGUAAACAAGACUUUCUUUCAAUUCUUUGAAUGGAACAAUAUAUUUUGUUAGCUUUAACAAUACACGUUUCCGGAAUGUAGAUCAUCUUGGCUAUAGAGCCUUUGCAUGCAGAAAGUAAAAUGUUCUUAGUUUUGAUUGCGUGCUGCAUAACAUACAAAAAAAAUUACUCUUAAUGGACGACUUGCGCUUUAGACGAAAUUUGAAUCUAAGUAAGAACAACGAAAUCUAUCACCACAGCUAGAAAGAGCGUCUUGGAAGUAGUAAUAUUACAAAGUUUGGUUGCGAAAUGUUGUAAAAUACGGAAAAUAUAGCCCUUCAAAGUUGGCAAAUUUGUAUACUUUUGUAUUACGUGCGUGAAUUGGUAACUGAAUUAGUUACCAAUUUCCGCACGUAAUAGAAAUGUAUACAAAUUUGCCAACUUCGCAGGGCUAUAUUUUCCGUUAUUUUACAACAUUUCGCAACCAAACUUUGCAGUUUUUCUAAUUUUGAUAACUUCUUUCCGAAAAUAUCCUUUGUUAUUCCCAGAUUGAAAAUUUUUCUAAAGCGCAAGUCGUCCAUUAAGACAAUUUUUCCUACCUGAUUCCUGUGAGGGAUGCAUAUUUAUUAUAGGAAUGUGAUCUGAACACCAAAGAACCUAAUCCUGUUGAUUUUGGACCGUAAGUAUACACAGUAAAAAUCUCGCAUCUUGUCCACAAGACGUGCUCCGCGCAACAGGCUUGUAACAACUGCUUGUCCACAAGACGUGCUCCGCGCAACAGGCUUGUAACAACUGCUUGUCCACAAGACGUGCUCCGCGCAACAGGUUUGUAACAACUGCUUGUCCACAACUUGUAACAAUGUUGUCAUUUUAUCAAGUUGUGGAAAAAUCUCACGACUUGUCCAGUUGGAUUUGUCCGAAACUUCUCUGAAGUAAACGCUCUUUACAGUAAAUAUAUUAGCGCUCCGCGAUUCAUCGUCUCGAAGGUAUGUUAUGUUUUGAAAUAAUUAAUUAUAUAUUGAUUUCUAUAGAUAUUCUGUUGUCAGAGCAGUGAGAGGUUUAAAAGGUAACAUGGAACUAACAGUCCGAAGCGGAUGGUUUGGAAUUACUGAAUUAAUUUUGAUGCAGUCCCUGCCUCGUACCCAGGCGCUUUAAAUGCUAAAUAAUACAUGAAGUAUUCAGGUAGGCAGGAGACGCGCGAAGGGACUGUUGGGAAGGAAAAAAACAAGUGCACUCUUCCCAUCAGCCCUUUCGCCCAUCUCUCCCCACUACAAUACUUCAUGUAAACUCGUCAUAUGCGCAUCACUGUUUUUUUUACAAAGAGACGCCUGGGUACGAGGCAGAUGCAGUCCUAGGACAAUUUAUAAACUACGCACAAAUUAGCAUCAUACGCGCAACCGCAAAUAUUCAACGCACGAGCGGUACACGUUACUUAAGGGUGAGUAUCGGUGAGCUUUUAGAAUACAGACGAUACUCUAAUCGUUCUUAUUUUGUUUUCUUUAAACAGAACAGAACAGAACAGAACAGCUGAACAAAUAACUUUUUUUUAUUUCGUUCUUAUUUUGUUUCUCUUCCAGGAAACGUGGCUAUAGGCAAGAAUGCAAACGAUACGUUCCUCAGUAAUUACAGGUCAGGAAUUCUUAUACAUACUGGAGAAUGGAAAAACUGGAAUCCUUCAAUGAAUAUGCCAAACAGGUAUUAGCAACAUAUUGGGCAUUGCCUAGUUCAACUACACACAGGUGUACUGUAGUGAAUUACUAUAUACGUGCCAAGCAAGUAAUAAACGCACAUCUAUCAUGGUUCUGCGAGAAUUCUAUUACUGCACGAUUUAAAAGAUAGCCCACAGACAGGCUGCUUUCGACAUAUUACAACUGUGAGGGGGGCAUGUCCCCCAAAAAGUUGCGUCUAAAUUGUUUAGGCUAACUUGCAAUAAUCUAGGUUCUUAUAUGCGGGGUUUUACUAUUCUUAUUUUCUUUUUAUAGUAAUGGUUGCUUACAUGUCCAUCCAGAUUCCAUGAAAAAGAUCGACGAUAUUCUUCAGAAUAAAUUAAAUGUGAAAGCCAAUGAAAAUCCAUUUGGUAAACAGCCAUACCCUUAUCGUUGUCAAGGAAUUAUGUCGAUCCAGCAAAUUGAUGGCUAUUUACAAUUUUAAAAAUUUUGAAGAAAAUUUCAACUAGUGGCAAAUUGAUUUUUAAUCUAACUUAACUAUGGCGUAUCUGUUCACCAAAAUACAAGACUAGUUUUCGACAUACACAUAAUCGUUUUUAACAUGGAAGCUGACAUUCUCGCGAUAAAGACUUGUGUCGCAAUUGUAAACUUGUAUCCCCCCAAAAUUCCCAAAUUCAAGUUAUAUGUUGAAAAUUUGAGUCGUGAUUUUCAAUUUUGUAAUCUAUAUGCCUGUAUGUAUAAUUAUUUUAGGUUUCUUUGUAAAGCGCAUUUGAUGAUAUGCAUAUUUGCGCAGUAUAGAAAUUCAAUUAAUACUAUUAUCAAAAUUUAUAAAUGCAAUGUCUACAGUUACAACUAAAAAUUCCGCAAAAUUUGUGGCAACAUUAUUUU